GAAGAGGACAAGGGCAGAGACGCAGCUGCCUGUCAGUUUCUACCCUGCUCCUAGUUCCUGAGCACCCGGCGAUUAUCCAGGCGUGAGUCGUGAAUGCACACCGACGGACGGAUCGUUCGCUAUUGCAGGAAAAGCAGCCUGUCCUGCUAAUGUUUCGUCAUCAGCCGUGGUUCUAAGCAUCACCUCAGGAGGUUCUAAUCAGAGCAACAUGCUGCACCUCACUGUGCUCCUCCUUUUCCUCCUGUCCCUCACUUUCCCCUCCACGGAUGCAUCUGUCUUCGGAGGGGAACCUGGCUUCUACGGAGACGAUGCUACAGGUUACGGGCCGGUGUUUGAGGAUCAGCCGGUCGAAACCAUCUACCCCGAGGAGUCGCCUGAGGCCAAAAUCACCAUGAGCUGUCGAGCACGAGCCAACCCACCUGCCACAUACCAGUGGAGGUUGAACAGCCGGAGCAUAGACCUGGAUGGUGAUAACCAUUACACUCUGGUCGGGGGCGACCUGGUCAUCUCUAACCCCAUCAAGAACAAACACGUUGGGAACUACUCCUGUGUGGCCACCAACGAUUACGGCACUGUGGUCAGCCGAGAGGCUGGCGUCCGGUUUGGAUACCUGGACUUCUUCUCGUCCGAGGAAAGAGAGGCGGUGCACGUGAAGGAGGGCCAGGGGGCAGUCCUGCUCUGCGCUCCUCCUCCGCACUACCCACACGAGCUGUCAUUCCGCUGGAUUCUGAAUGAGUUCCCUAUCUUCAUCACGCUGGAUAAACGUCGCUUUGUCUCCCAGACUACAGGGAACCUCUACAUUUCAAAGGUGGAUUUAUCAGACAGUGGCAACUACUCCUGUUUCGUCUCCAGUGCCUCCAUCGCCAAGAGCGUCUUCAGCAAGUUCAUCCCCCUCGUCCCCCUGACUGAACGUCCAAUCAGGAAAUACCCCGCUGACAUCAAAGUCAAGUUCCCAGACACUUACGCACUGGUGGGACAGAAUGUCACAAUGGAAUGCUUCGCCCUGGGAAACCCCAUCCCUCAGAUCCGCUGGAAGAAGAUGAACGGAGAGCUGCCGUCCAAUCACGACGUCAGCAUGGCGGGGGCCCACCUCCACCUGUACAACGUGCAGUAUGAGGACGAGGGGACAUACGAGUGUGAGGCCCUCAACUCCAAAGGAAAGGACUGGCACAGGGCACGCGUCUCUGUAGAAGGAUUCCCGGAGUGGACCGAGUCCAUCAACAGUACAGAGAAGGACAUCAGUAGUGACUACACCAUGUCCUGUGUGGCUAGCGGCAAGCCCAAACCCCACGUGCAAUGGCUCAAGAACAGCUAUGCCUACGAUAAGCGUGAUUUGAGGUUCAGUGGUCUGACGUUUAAGGACUCUGGGAUGUACCAGUGUAUAGCAGAGAAUCGCCACGGAGUCAUCUAUGCUAACGCAGAGCUGCGAGUGAUUGCGUGCGCCCCUACGUUUGAGCACAACCCUGUGAAGUGGAGGAUUCUGGGAGCUAAGAACGGCAGAGUGGUCAUAGAGUGUAAACCUAAAGCAGCUCCCAAACCCUCGUUCUCCUGGAGCAAGGGCACUGAACUGCUCUUCAACUCUACCAGGGUGUUAAUCUGGGAGGAUGGUAGUCUGGAAAUUCUGAAUGUGACCGAAGCAGACGAGGGGCGUUACACCUGCUUUGCUGAGAACAAUCGGGGCCAGGCCAACAGCACAGGCUCCCUCUCCAUCACAGAGGCCACUAAGAUCACCUUGGCUCCUUCCAACGCAGACGUGACGGUGGGGGAGAGUACCCACAUGCAGUGUGCCGCGUCACAUGACUCCACGCUGGACAUCACAUUCGUCUGGACCCUGGACGCCCACUCCAUCGACUUCGACCGGGAGGGAUCCCACUAUGAACGCAACCUGAAUGGUGGUUCCAGUGGAGAGCUGCUCAUUAAGAACACCCAGCUGAAGCAUUCUGGACGUUACACCUGCACCGCCCAGACCCCUGUGGACAACGUCACCGCAUCCGCCAAUCUGGUGGUCAGAGGUCCGCCUGGGUCUCCAGGUGGGGUGCACGUGGAGGAGAUCAGGGAUAAGAGUGUGCGUCUGAUCUGGAGCCGAGGUACAGACAACCACAGCCCCAUCUCUAAAUACACUAUCCAGUGCCGGGACUCUUUCUCUCAGGAGGACUGGCGAGACGCCACCACAUCCCCUCCAGAUGUGGAAGGAAAUGCAGAGUCGGCCACGGUGGUGGACUUGUUUCCCUGGACAGAGUAUGAGUUCAGGGUGAUAGCCACCAACACCCUGGGGACAGGAGACCCCAGCAGCCCCUCUCCCAAAGUCACCACGCUGGAGGCAGUUCCUGUGGUGGCGCCCUCAGACAUCCGCGGCGGCGGCGGGACCAGCAGGGAGCUGACCAUAACUUGGACGCCAGUGCAGCCACAGUACUACUAUGGACCUAACUUUGGCUACAUCAUCGCCUUUAAGCCCCGGGAUGGCUACGAGUGGAGGAAGGUGACUGUGGCAGACCCCGGGGCUAAACACUACGUCCACAAAGACUCGUCCAUCCUCGCCUCCACAGAGUUUGAGGUCAAAGUGAAGGCCUUCAACAGCAAAGGGGAAGGACCCUAUAGUCUCAUGGCUGUCAUCUACUCUGCGCAGGACGUGCCAUCUAAAGCCCCGACUAGUGUGGGGGCCAGGGCGCUGUCCGCCACUGAGGCCAUCGUGUGGUGGCUUCCUGUCACCCAGCACACUGUAGAAGGCUACCAGGUGCGGUACUGGAGGAAGGCGGAGGACAGCGAGACAUCCAGUCAGAGGGUGGUGUUGUCCAGCAGAGAGAACCAGACCAGGCUGGAUAACAUGAGGCCAGACUCCCACUACCUCAUAGAGGUCAAGGCCUACAAUGCAGCCGGAUACGGACCCCCCAGCCAACACUUACAGAUCUACACCAAGAAAGCCCCCCCGAGCCGGCCUCCUAAAAUAAUCAGUAAAAAGCUGAAAGGCACAUCAGUGAAUAUCGCCUGGGAACAUGUUGAGCCCUUGGCCAACGAGUCAACAAUAGAUGGCUACAAGGUCCUGUACAGGCAGGCCAGCAAAUCCACUGGGAUGCUGUUUACCACUGGGAAGCGGUCCAUAGACCUGCCCAUGCACAAGGAUGGGGACUACAUAGUGGAGGUCAGGGCUCACAGCGAGGGAGGGGACGGGGCUGUGGCCCAAAUACGCAUCUCAGGUGGAGGCGUCAUGGCUACCAAGUCCCUCAGUUUGGCCUCCCUGCUCCUGGUGGCUCUGCUCUGCCUGAUGGGCCUCUGAAUGUAGCGCCAUCUUUCUCUGUCUUCACUGUCCAGUCCAGUGAAGGAGACUCUGUGAAGUUGACGCCUAUCUAUGACAACUUUGGUUUCCAUAACUUUUGGUUUCACCUUGCAGGCCCCAAAAAAAAACAUAUUCCCCGUUUCGAGGAAUUAAGGCUCUGUUUGUGGGGAAAAAGACACAAUACAAAAUUUGGACAGAUAAGAUAUCUGGGAUCUCUCUUAUUUGAAACCUACAUUAUCGUUGAAGGAGGAGCGUCUAAAGGGGGUGUUUCAACUUUUUCAAUAUGCCUUAUAUGUGAACGGUCACACUUAUCUUUCACAAUGCCAUGACUGUCGCUUGACUGGGUGAGGUGUUCGUGCAUAGGCACUGCACCAAGAUGGCAGGUAACUGUUUCAAAAAAACAUUGUGAUUACAGGCCUUUCUUGUUCAUUCAUGAAGGUACAGUAGCUUCAAAGUGUGUGUUUCAUUUGAUGUAUGGCAUUAUGGACAAUUGUUACAACAUAGCAUUCCAUAUAUAGUGUAUAUAUAUAUAUAUAUAAGCUUAGCAGUUGUAUAGUUGUGAAGGAUAAGUGUAUGAGUUUAUGAAAAUGUUUUUGUGUUUUUUAUAUGCAUUUCAGUGACUUUUUCUUCCCCCUUUUUCUUUUCAUUUAUCAGGAUGAAUUACAGAGAUACAGUCAAAUCAAAUCUCUUCUCAUGGUCCCCGGCAUCCUAAGAUUUCUCUUCUGGAACAUCAUCAGACAAAAGAGCAAUUCAUGUAAUACUAAUAUAAUAUAUGCAAUGUAUAUGGUUUUGCUAUCUAAUGAGUACAUAUAGCCAGUACAUAUAGCUUACUAUUAACGCUGUAACUUCUUUGUUCAGAGAAACGUAGAUUUUUUUUAUCUCACAAAAACCUGCUUUAUUUCCAACUCGUAACGUUCUCGAAAACAAAUAGACCCCGUUUACAAGUGUUUGCAUGUAGCCAUUGUUAUCAGAAAGAGUUGUCCUGACAAAACAAGAGAAACUUCUCAGCCAGAGUGAUGCGAGCAUUUUUAGCACAUGCAUAUCCGUGUAUGUAAAAGUUGAAUGUAUUGAUGAACUGUGGGAACGAGAAAUUAGCUUGAAAACAUAUCAGACCUGCAGUUUGUAUCUAUCCAUAAAAAGGAUGCCGAUUCAUGAUUUCGACUGGCUGAGAAAAGCUGCCUGCCUGUCUGUCUCAUCCGGACUUCCGGCAUGUUCUUUGCAAUGGGACAGCUGGAGAUCGAAUUUGAAUAUUGUAACAAUGUUGCAAAUACCUGAGGGACAGACCGCAAGGUUUAUACAAAAAUCUGCUGUUGAAAACUAAAUGUUAGUCUUAAAGAAAUGUGAGAUAAUGUCUAGAUGCUUUUUAUAGCGGAGAUCAAGUUUAUAAAUUGUAACUGACCGGCUUAAAUGGGUCUCGUGCCGCAAAAUUUGAAAUUGUGUUUAUUUUUACUUUUACAGUGGAUAAAAGUGGAGACUCAGAGCUACAAAAUUGUAUUUCAUACACUACAUUUGAGGAACAACGGGAAAGUCAUUCUGCUUUGAAAGUUGAUAAACUUAUAAACACACUUUUGAGAAAAUUGCCUUUUGAAUGUUUUGGUACCUACUGGAGAGCUCUUCUUUGUCUACACCCCAUUCAGCACUGUUCACACCCUCUUAAAAUGGGUGGGGCUAAACAAUGAACCAUAAUCCCAAUCCAUAGAGUGCUAGCUAAAGUUAUCCAAAUAGGUUCAGUGUUAGCUAGUUAGCUUGCUAACAUUAGGCUAUAACUAGCAAUGCGAAAUGGCAUUCGGAUAUAACAUUAAAUUUACUACACACAGAUCAUAAACAUAAUAUUAGCUCGCGAGCCUGCCAUCUAAUGUCAGCUAGCUAGCUAACAGCAAGCUUUAGCUUGCAAUGAAAACAACUUUCUGACAAAAUUAUAAACGUAUAAUAUCUGAAACUGUAGCUAGACUCUUACCCAUAUACAUGGACGAAUGCUUCAUGGCAGAUUGCAACCCCGUUCAUUAAAUAAGACAUCCUGUGUUGUUUCCAUUUUGUUCGUACGCUUUUUUGCCAACGUUUACUGACAUAUUCAACUGCCGUUAUUCUGCACUCUUGCACACUCAGACAAGAGUGCUCUGAAACAGUUGCUGCAGUGACGUUCUAUUGAAAUGGAUACUUGCAUAGUAGUCUUUUGUUAGGUGUUACUACACGCUAAAUAAAAUAAAAAAGCAGUGUUAGAUUGGAUUACCUAGACAUAAUGACCAGCUCAAAUAGACAAAUCCAAACUCAUCUCUUGGCAUGUCCAGCCCACUCAUUAUCUCAGCCAAUCAUGACUAGCGGGAAGGUUGCUGUCUUUUUAACCAACUGUGCUCGUAAUUUAACAAUUUUAUUCGUAUAGAGCCUUGCAAAAGUACUCAUCCCCCUUAGCGUUUUUCUUAUUUUGCUGCAUUACAACUUGUAAUUUAAAUGGAUUUGUAUUUAAUAGUAUUUAUUAAAUAGUCCAAGUUGGUGAAGUGAAUUGAAAAAAAUUACUUCUUUCAAAAAAUGAUAUAAAAUAAAAAAUGGAAAAAUGGUGCAUGCAAUAUGUAUUCACCCCUUUACCAUGAAGCCCCUAAAUAAGAUCUGGUGCAACCA